AUGGAUAAUCCUAGUAGGUGUUCAGGGGGGAGGCCGACUAAGACGCAGAUACGGAAAACGACACAGCAGUUGCAGGCAGAAAAGCUGCGAGUAGGUCGGGUCACACAGGUUCUUGAUGCUAUUGCGGCCGCCGGGUAUUCCGGAAUUGGGUCCUUCCUCGUCGACUUUCUAACACCGGCGGAGCGAUCCACUGAAAAUUCCCGCUUUACAACCGCGCAGACAAAUUUCUUGACGAGGGGUGGCUUUGUGAAAGUAAUGAACUUGGCUCUUGACGACGAACGGUGCUUCAACCGAAAUUUAAAGUCUGAAAAUUGCCCUGUGAAUUUCCUAACUCGCUGGUGCACUGAUUAUGUACAAGAGGAGGCCACAUCCUUUGCCUAUAUGAAAGGUACCCCUGUCAGAAGAAGUCAGCCGACUCCUUCAGUAGAACCGCACGAUAUAUUUAGCUUUGAAGAGUGCGCAAAUGGACUCGAGAAGCAUAAGGCCCCAUUUCUCUGGUCAAUCCUUUCUUCAUUGACUAUAAGAACAACCAGAGUGCUCAGUGAUAAGGAUAUGGCUGGUUUCGGUGGCGGAGAUGCCCCUCCUGCUUCUCGUAUGUCAGCUGCAGUCGCUUUUAGCAUCCUCGCAUAUACGUCGAACCCUCAAAUAAGUGGCCUACAGUCAACCAUGACAAUCUACUUGGGGGCAUAUCGGGUGCCCAAAAAGGCGAUGGAUGUCCUCCAUAGGAUGGGUAUGGUUGCAUCAGCUAGCCAAAGACUUAUAUUGCUAGGGGAACUUGCCAAAGCAGAGGAAGGUUCACUUAGGCUGCUUGCUAACUCCGCGCCUUGUGGAGUAAGCGUUGACAAUGUAGACAGUCAAGUUGCCAAAAGAGGCAGUGACCAAUCUGCCGUGUUAAAAUCAUAUUUGGAACACAGUUGUACUGGAUUCGUUUUCAAACUGCGGCAUAUACCCCAAGAUUAUUCAGCAAUGUCAUAUUUACCCGAUACUCUCCUCACUCGUGGAGCUAGGCUGGCUUUGACAAUCGAGGAUAUGGUACCGUCCAACGCUUCGUGGGAGUACCUGCGGGAGGCGAUCCGGUAUCACCUCUACUCCGCAUUAGACAAUCGACUUGGGCCUUUUAAUUUCACCAAACAGCAGAAAGAAAACUUCAGGAUUUCGAAGAAAUAUUGCUUCCAAUGUUCGAAUGAGCCCGUUUCUAUCAAAAACUUCGCACUGUUGCCAUUUAACCAAGGAGAGGUUAAAGGGACAAGGGCCUUUCUCGAACAUAUCCAGGAAAAGGAGAUGGGAUUUGAGCCUGGGGCCCUUUUGAAUGGUAUAAUCCCCAUUUCUGCAGACCAGUUAGGACUACAAAGGGUCCAAACCAACAAGAUUCAGUCGCAAUGGGAUUUCCGGGGUCGAAGAUUUGACCAUUAUCUCCCAUGGCCGGCGCCUUUCCACUGGCGCCUUAACGUAACAAGUACGUACCUAAGACUCCAUGGCCUUGCGACUGAGGAGAGUGGGGAUACGUGCGAUACCGCAAAUUCAAACCCCAGCUCGUUGGCGUUUGCAAAUCUAACUCUCCGCCAUGGAAAUCUCCGCAAAGAUCUACAUAACCAGGAGAGGUUUAUAUCUCUUGCGUUAGAUGGUCAUAUCUUGGCUCUCGCAACUGCUACAUGCGAUAAAAAUAAUCCAACUGAUAUCAGGGGCCUACUUGAAACAUGCGCGGAUAAAUAUCAGUUUGUGAAGAACUUAGUCGAUAAAAUGACGGAUCAGGUUUACCUGAAGCACAUCCGGGAGCUCGAAUCCCUACCCGAUGCGCAAAGAGACCAUACCCAGGAAAGUGGCUUGCUGCUGAUAUUCCACGGCAUUAUGGUCAGGGAUCUUUUUCGAGUGAUCAGGGCCGGCGACACUGGAAGGCUGUUACUCCUUGCCGAAUUGUUCAUACCUUUUUUUUCCGGUUCGGGCAUGAACAACUAUUUGUACGAAUUCAUGGAUUUCAAAGCCGCAACUACAAAAGAGUACUCGAGUGUGCUAUUGGAUAUAUUGAAACAGAAUUGGCUGCUAAAUCCAAGCGGCUUGCCAGGAAAAUUCAUGGCCAUAGACGAGUUUACGGAGUAUAUCGUCCGAAUGCUCAAGGAUAUAUACGGGAUUAAUCUGACCGAUAAGACGGAAAACCAUCGUCGGUUUGUUAUUUCAAGGCUAGUAGUGUGUCUUUCUAGGAUAAAAGAAGAGUUGGAGUCGGUAUCAGGAAGCAGUGGAGGUCGAUCUGGACACACGUCGCAUCCAGCGACACAAGACGUUUUCCGUGUAGCGUCUUCUUUGGAUGGACUUUGUAAAACCUUUAGGGGGCGCGGAAGACCGCAAAAUUUGAAUAUUAUGGACAUCGGCCUCAAGAAGCUCAGCCAGGAAAGAAUAUGGAAAAUACUCAUGAAGAAUACUUUAUCGGAGGAGGAUAGGGAAAAAUAUUUCGGGUCUGUAGAUGAUCCGAUGGACGAAUGGCUGGAAGAUGAUGAGGGGAAUGGAUUAGAAAUUGAUGGCGAAUACAACUAG